UACUGGGAAGCAUGGUCCUUGACAAGACGAGGUUGUGCCGGCAGGUCAGUCGACGACAUACCAGUAGACUCCUUGACCCAUCUCAACGUUGCAUUUGCCUACAUCACACCCGAUACAUUUGAAGUCGUCCCGAUGCCGAAGACAAGCGCCAAGAUCUUCUCAGAGAUCACUGCGGUCAAGCAGAAAGCUCCUGGACUCAAGAUCUGGAUCUCCCUUGGGGGAUGGACCUUUUCCGAUAAUGGUACAGACACCCAAUCAGUAUGGGGAGAUAUUGCUCGGACACAAGCGAACCGGAACAAGUUCACCGUGAACCUAUACAAGUUCAUGAAGACAUAUGGUUUCGACGGAGUGGACAUCGACUGGGAAUAUCCAGGGGCGCCAGAUCGAGGCGGCAAACCCGACGAUGUGCAAAACUUUGUUUUAUUGAUGGAAUAUAUUUCCGUAUAUUUCGAGGCAUCCGCUUCUGGCUUCGGACUCUCUUUCACUGCGCCCAGCUCCUACUGGUACCUACGUUGGUUCAAGAUCGACCAGUUGCACAAAUACGUUAACUGGAUUAAUGUAAUGACAUAUGACAUACACGGAAGCUGGGAUUCUCCAGCAUCAACUAUCGGAUCGAUUGUCUACGCACACACCAACCUCACCGAGAUACAAGAUACCUUGAACCUUUUCUGGCGGAACAACGUCCCCGCCGAUAAACUGAACCUUGGAAUCGGCUUUUACGGACGCUCUUACACUCUGGAAGAUACUUCAUGUGCCAAACCCGGAUGCCCGUUUUCAGCCCCGGGUCGCGCCGGGUCCUGCACGGGCGAAUCUGGGGUGUUAUCUUAUGCCGAGAUCGAAGCCCGUAUCAAGAUGUACGACUUGGAUGCGAUACACGAUAAAACAGCAGGCGUGAAGUAUCUCACUUUUGAUGAAAACCAAUGGGUCUCAUAUGAUGACCAAGAAACCCUCCAAACGAAGGUAGACUUCGCAAACGAGCAAGGGCUGCUGGGGUUGUUUGUCUGGGCCAUUGAUCUGGACGAUACCCAACAUACUGCGUUGAAAGCCCUCCUUGGUGGGAAACUCGGCACCUUCGCUACUCAGAACGGAUAUGAUCCCAACUAUUCACAAGAUGAUGAUUGGGACUCGGUCACUGGCAAUUCAUGCGCUUGGUCCGGUAUGUUUGGCACUUGUGUCGAGGCUGUCGUUUGUAACCUGGACUAUCGCUGA